CCUGUAUCAAGCUACGCUUGCUUGGAAAUAAGAGGGUCACCUGAGUUGUGGACUAAAGCAAAUAUCGGUCGAUAAGCGUCGUGGGAGAAUAGGGACGGAGUAUAAGAAGGAAGUAUGCAAGGGAGCGAUGGCCGACGGGCUGGCAAUCGCGCGGGUCAUCUGACUUCCCUCCCAUCAAAGUUCAUUCUUUUCUGCUCUUCUUCUUCAUGUCAUUCCCUGAGCCCAUCGCAAUUAUCGGAACAGGUUGCCGAUUUCCUGGCUCCGCAUCAUCCCCAACCAGGCUCUGGGACCUUCUCCAUCAUCCGCGCGAUGUAGCCUCCAAGACUCCUAGUGACCGGUUCAGGCAUGACACCUUCUACCACCCCGAUGGUCAUCAUGGCAGAACGAAGGCCCCAGAAUCUUAUUUUCUCACCGAGGAUAUCCGUGCAUUCGAUGCACCCUUUUUCAACGUUUCUCGAGCCGAGGCGGAGUCCAUGGACCCUCAGCAACGUCUGCUGUUGGAGGUCGUCUACGAGUCCCUCGAAACCGCAGGCCUGCAAAUGGAAGGUCUCCGAGGCUCUGACACAGCUGUCUUCUGUGGCCUCAUGAAUACGGACUAUGGCAACCUUGCUAGCUGCGAUUGGGAUGAGAUACCCACGUAUACCCCAUCUGGAACGGCAUCAUCUAUGCUGGCCAAUCGUGUUUCCUUCUUCUUUGACUGGCAUGGCCCAUCUAUGACCAUUGACACUGCAUGCUCUUCUAGCUUGGUGGCGCUUCAUCAAGGUGUAGGUGCCCUGCGAAACGGAGACUGUCACCUGGCUGUAAUAGCCGCCAGCAACCUGAUCCUUAGCCCGCGAGAGUACAUUGCCGCUUCCAAGAUGCACCUACUUUCCCCAACUGGGAGGUGUCGGAUGUGGGAUGAGAAUGCGGAUGGUUUUGCACGGGGUGAGGGUAUAGCUUCCGUGGUUCUGAAACGCCUGGGGGAGGCCAUCGCGGAUGGAGACCCAAUUGAAAGUAUUAUUCGCGCCACAGGGGUCAACGCCGAUGGGCGCAGUAUGGGAAUUACUAUGCCGUCUAGCAUGGCCCAGUCACAGCUAAUACGCUCAACAUAUGCCAUCAUUGGGCUGAGUCCAACAGCUCGCCCUGAAGAUCGGUGCCAGUUUUUCGAAGCCCAUGGCACCGGAACGCAAGCCGGGGAUCCACAAGAAGCCACCGCGAUCUACAAGGCACUCUUUGGAAUUCCAGUGCCGCCUGAUAAGUCGUCUGAGGACUGGCUGUAUGUGGGAUCCAUCAAAACCGUCAUUGGCCAUACAGAAGGAGUCGCUGGCUUGGCGGGCGUCAUAAAGGCCUCCCUAAGCGUUCAGAAAGGCAUCAUCCCUCCAAACAUGUUUUUAGAUCGUAUAAACCCCGUUAUUGAGCCUCUCACAUCUCGACUCCGCGUACCAACGGAGCCAAUGCCGUGGCCCAGUCUUGCCCCAGGAGUCCCUCGCCGGGUUUCGGUCAACUCGUUUGGGUUCGGUGGAAGUAAUGCACAUGCGAUUAUUGAGAACUAUACCCCAGGCACAAAUCUCGUUUUGGGGCAUACCCUGUCUCCUCAGAUUCUUCCAUUUACUUUCUCCGCAUCUACGGAGCAAGCAUUGACCGGUGUUCUGGAACACUAUGGCGCGUUUCUCCAAAAUAACUUUGACGUCGAUCUGGUCAGCCUGGCAGAGUCUCUCCUGAAGCGACGAUCAGCAUUAAGUCACCGAAUUGCUCUUACAGCGGCCUCAAUCGAAGACCUUCAAAGCAUGGUUCAGAUAGAGAUUGAGAAGCGGAGAUCAGCAACAGCUUCUCCGGCUAUUGUCUCCCGAUCCAGCGAUACUCCUAGGCGAGUACUGGGUAUUUUCACUGGACAAGGUGCGCAGUAUCCGCAGAUGUUCUGGGAUCAAAUUUCGGCCAGUCCACAAGCCCUGGCCUGGAUGGCGGAGCUUCAAGCAUCUCUAGAUAGUCUUCCAUCGCAGUAUCGUCCAAACUUUUCGAUGAUCCAGGAGCUUUCAGCCCCUGAGUCAUCCUCAAGACUUCAUGAGGCAGUCAUAUCUCAACCUCUCCGCACCGCCAUCCAGAUAAUACAAGUCAACUUUCUACGCGCUCUUAAUGUGAGCUUCUCCGCGGUUGUCGGGCACUCGUCAGGUGAAAUCGCGGCAGCUUAUGCCGCUGGCGCUAUUACCGCGUCUGAUGCGAUCCGGCUUGCGUAUCUACGAGGUCUCAUGACCAAACAUGCUGGCGCAAAUGGUCAACCUGGGGCGAUGCUGGCUAGUGGGAUUCCCUGGGAGGAAGCGCACGCGCUUUGCGACGAAGGUUUCAGCGGAAAAGUUAGAGUUGCUGCAAGCAACUCUCCUGUUAGUGUCACAUUCUCUGGGGACGUAGAUGCUGUGCAGGAGCUCGAAUGGAUGUUGAAAAGCCUAGACCUCUCAGUGCAUCGCCUCCGUGUGGAUGUAGCCUACCAUUCCCAUCAUGUGGUGCCAUGCGCUGCACCCUACCGUCAUGCUCUCGAAGUAUGUGGAAUCCGAGUGCAUCCUGUGAUGACCAAGUGGUUUUCUAGCGUGUACAAGGACAAAGAGUUGCAUGAAGAAGACCUCAGUCCCCAAUACUGGGGCCAGAAUAUGCUUCGUCCUGUUUUAUUCUCUCAGGCAGUGGCUGCGGCAUUCACAGAUGAACCCGAAAUUGGUCUGGUAGUCGAAGUUGGGGCGCAUCCCACGCUCAAGGGACCAAUUUUGCAAACACUAUCCGUGAUCAAGGAUGCAAAGUCCGAGGUAGCGUAUCUUGGCUUGGGAGAGCGUGGGAGCAACAAUCUGGAGGUAUUUUCUCGCGCAAUUGGUUUCUUCUGGGCAUACUUGGGACCAAACAUUGAUAUACACGGUUAUCUAUCUUUGUUCGAUCGUUCAUAUGGAAGCCGUUUCCUGAAGAACCUACCAACAUAUCCUUUUGACCAUUCACGAUCUUACUGGAAGUUAUCCCGCCUCACCAACGCCCGACUACAUUGCAUUGACCCUCCACACCCUCUUUUGGGGACACCCAGCCCUGAAACAGGUGGAAAUGAAUGGCGCUGGCGCAACCAUUUAAGCCGGGCGGAAUUGAAAUGGCUCAACGAUCAUCAGAUCCAGUCUCAAGUCGUGUUUCCUGCCACGGGAUAUAUAGUCAUGGCAUUGGAAGCGGCUGCAAUAAUGGCACGCGGUCUAUCCUUGCGUCUGGUCGAACUUGAUGAUGUGCUCAUCAAUCGUGCUAUCCUUAUCCCUGACGAUCCGUGUGGGGUGGAGACCAUCUUCAAAGUGGAGCUCAUAGAACGGAAGGGGGACAUUGUUUUUGCAGCCUUUCAAUGCUAUGCAAGUCUUGCCGGGAGUCUGAAGGCAUGUGCUUCAGGUAAACUUACUGUAUUGUUUGGGGAACAAGAUCCUCUGUUGCUGCCCCCAAAAUCUUCUCUGGUCACGACAUCUCGGCCGGUGAAUGUUGAUGCAUUUUAUGCGUGCUUGGGAAGGCUUGGACUAGGCUACAGCGGUCCGUUCCGGGGGCUAAAAGCUCUAACUAGACGGGUGGAAGGGUCAAUGGGCAUCGUUUCAGGUACCGACCCGACUUCAUCAUUGCUGCUACAUCCAGCGACUAUGGAUUCCAGCUUGCAGGCCCUGUUAGCUGCGAGGAGCUUUGAAGAACUUCGCGCACUACAGGUCCCUGUGUCAAUUGAUCAUGUCGCCAUAAAUACACUGUUGUGCAAACAUGACUCAAGGGGAACUAAGAAUGAGCUUGAUAUUGAGACCUUCCUCUACGAUGUCAACCCUGAUGGCAUGACGGGUGAUAUAAACGCAUUUAACCUCGAUGGCCUAGGUAUAUAUCAAAUCGAAGGCCUUCAUGUCGCUCCAAUCACAUCUGCUGAGGAUCGUGCCAUAUUUUCAAAGAUUAUCUGGGGGCCACUUCUACCUCAGGUUAAUCCGAACAAUAUAUAUCAGGAUUCCCGGAUCCAGGAGGAACUCCAUUUGGCGGAACGCUGCGCUCUUCUAUACAUGAGAGAUGCUCAGCAACACCUGGUUUCCGAAGAGUGCGAACAUCUUGACUGGCACCGUUCUCGUAUUAUCGCAUGGAUGGACCAUGUUCUGUCCACAACACGCGAGGGUACCCAUCCAGUCUGCCGUCCAGAAUGGCUGGUUGGCACUGUGGCUGAUGUUAUGGAUAUGGCACCCGCAGCCAGCAAUGCCUGGUCUUCUCUACGGCUAGCAGGGGAGAAUCUACCGAGUUUCAUUAAAGGGAUGAGUGUGUCGGACCAAGAAAGUAACCGCGACGGGGGACUUAAUGACCCCUUCGAUGUCAAUUUCAGCAACUCCCAGCUCGCAGUGUUCAUCGGACAAAUCGCUUUUCGUUUUCCUCAAAUGAAAAUUCUCCAGAUCAAUGCAGGAAGCGGCUCCGCCACAAAACCGAUCAUGAAUGAGAUCAAGCGAUCAUAUCACUCAUAUAUCUUCACGGACGUUUCCCCGGCUUCCUUUGCGGCGGCGCAAGAAGCUUUUUCCGGACACAAAGACCAGUUUUCCUGUCAGGUACUUGAUAUUAGAUCGGAUCCCUGCCAUCAAGGUUUCAAGGAACACUCGUAUGAUCUUGUCGUUGCGGCCGGCAUAAUGUGUAACCAUAGAGAACUGGUGCAGGCUUUGACGAAUAUUCGCCGCUUGCUUAAGCCUGGCGGGUAUCUCGUUGUCCAUGCCGCUACUAACACCAAUAUCAACCGCCUCGCACUGAUUGCCUCGUUUGAGAAGUGGUGGUACGACGAGGAAGGCCAUCCGCAGAGCCCAGCUAUUAGUCUCCAGAAAUGGGAAACGCUGCUUGAAACCACAGGAUUCGGUGGGUUUGAAGCGGUUUCACCGGCAGGUCAACUUGAAUCCGGCUCAACCUUCGUCACCCAGGCCAUUGAUAGUCGCAUCCAGCUAUUCCGUGAUCCGUGCAAAUUCUUGGGGGUAUUGCCGGCUAACUUGCUCCUCAUUGGGGGUACAACAGAGGCAACAGCAGACUUGGUUCAAUCCUUGAAAGCCUUACUCGCGCCCCGUUUUCGUCGGCUGGUCGUUGCAACUGCUCUCGACGCACUGAACGUGGAAGAUCUAUUUGGAUGGUGUGCUCUGAACCUGGCCGAUCUAGACUCACCUUGCUACGAAGACAUUACAGACAAAUGUCUCAGUGGUCUGAAGAUGCUAAUGAACAGUGCCAGCAGGCUUCUAUGGGUAACUGCAGGCUCGGAGAGUAGGCAACCCUACUGGGGUAUGAGCAAGGCCAUGAUUCACUGCGUCGCCUAUGAAAACCCACAGUCUAUCUUUCAGUAUUUGAAUGUUCCUGACCAUGAAGAGAUCACUGCACCUACUUUGGCCACGAUCUUCAUGCGAUUAGCUCAUACACUUAUGGACAAUGAUCACGACCUGGACACCUGCGUGGAUAGUACGGAGUUCGAAUUACAGCUUGUAAAUGGGACACUGAAUAUACCACGCGUCCAUUUCGAUGAUAUCAAGAAUCAGCGAUAUUCAGCCAGCUACCACGUAGUCAAAGGCCUUGUUGUUCUGCAACACUCCACAGUACAGGUCAUUGCCCCGUCAGGCAAGCGCUGUGAGUUUAUCUUGGGUGAAAGACAGAAAUACGAACAAGAUGCCAAAGAGCCCCAGGUAACUUAUCGUCCGCUUACUUCACGCUUCUCAACAACAACCGCGUUCAAGAUAGAUGGCGCCGGGUUUUUGCACCUGAUAGUUGGUCGAGAUGAAAAGGACAAGACACGGUGGCUGGCGCUAUCCGACCAGCACGCUUCAGCUAUUACAGCACCGCCAGAGUGGUGCUGGCAGGUUUCAGACCGCGUGGGUGAGGACCUAGAGCCAAUUUUAUUGAUGAGGACAGCUGCGGCCUUGUUGGCUAUUCAGAUUGUGGACAAGGUGCGCUCCAAUACAUCUGUUUUGGUCUACGGAGCCGAUACUCUAUGUAAGGCUGUCUGUGAUGCACUUUCAGCAUUUGCUCUUGCACGAAAUAUCCGGGUAUGCUUCAGCACUAGUGCUCAGUCUACACCACCGAAGAAAGAUAUGUUGUUCAUCCAUGAGAGAAGCUCUUCACGCACUCUAUCUCGUCUCCUGCCCGACAACCUAUCUGCCAUCACCGGAAGUCGGGCCACAUGCGGGGUUUACAACCGAAUAAAAACUCUCAUGUCUGAGGAUGUUGUCCAAAUCGACAUAGCCAGUAUUGGCAGGGUGUCCUCCAAUCUACUGGCGUCUCCUGACUCGACCACUGCCGGGCAGACAUUUCUAGCAGCCUGUGGGUUUGCUUUGCAAACAUUCACAUCGCAGGAAGAAGUUAGCCUUAUUCCUGUCCAACGCUUGCAGGGCACUUUCCCAGGCGCAAAUCAAUUGGAGAUUGUGGAUUGGACUCAGUCAGGUCAAGUACCUGUUCGGAUCCAGACUGCAAGCUCUAUGAUCACAUUUUCCGCACAUAAGACAUAUUUACUUGCUGGUAUGACGGGUGAUCUAGGUCGAUCUAUCUGCCAGUGGAUGGUCAGUAGGGGAGCUCGGUCUGUAGUACUUGGUAGUCGAUCCCCCCACGUUGAUGUACAAUGGAUUGAGGAAAUGGCAAGACUGGGAGCCCGGGUAGUUCCAAUGGCAAUGGAUGUCACUAACCGUGGAUCCAUCUGUCGCGCCUAUGCCGCCAUCUGUAGUGAACUGCCCUCGGUUGGGGGAGUUGUCAACGGGGCGAUGGUGCUCAAGGACUGCCUCUUUGCUCAAAUGACGCUAGAGGAUAUGCAGAGCGUAGUUGCUCCAAAGGUCCAAGGAAGCAUCAUCUUGAACGAGGUCUUCGGUAAUCUCGAUCUAGAAUUCUUCAUCCUGCUCGGAUCAGCCGCUGGGCCAUUGGGUAAUGUGGGCCAGACAGCCUAUUCCGCUGCCACUGAAUUCAUGUCAGCGCUCAUACAACAACGGCGCGAGCAAGGCCUUGUCGGUAGUAUCAUUCAUCCUGGUCUGAUCAAGGGCGUGGGUUACUUUGAACGAGCAGAUAGUGCGCGUCAGGGCGCCAUUGAGCGGAACACAGUAACCCCGCACUUGACAGAGCAGGACCUGUAUGAGCUCUUCGCUGAGGGUAUUCUCGCAGGGCAUCCAGAUUCUGGCAGAGACCCUGAGGUGAUUGCGGGAUACACGCUCAUUGACACUGCUGAGAAUCCUAACGCUUUGUGGCUACGCAAUCCGAAGGCGUGGAAUCUCAUAAAGCAUACCGCUCACCCGGCCACACCAGCGUCUAGCAGUAAUGACAGUGUUCCAAUAAUGAUACAACUUGAGUCGGCUGAGAGCAUGGCCGGCGUUGUCGAGGUCAUUGUCAACGGCUUUAUCAAGGAGGUCCGCUCCAAGCUGCAGCUUUCCACCGAGGAAUCGCUCACCGGAGCGACGGUGUUGACCGAUAUGGGAGUGGACUCUCUUGUGGCCAUCGAAUUGCGGCAUUGGUUUGUCAAGGAGCUGUCUGUUGAUCUUCCCGUGUUGCAAAUCAUAGGGGGUGUCUCCAUCCAAGAACUGUCCAGCUGCGCUGCAUCAAAGCUAUCGGCAGAUCAUAUUCCAAGCAUCAUCAUCCAGCAAACAGCACCGGGUUCAUAACCCAUGAUGGCUUUAUCAGGACAUACGGUCAAUCUACCAUUCAAUUCGAUCCCAAUUUGAUCUGCGCUGUAUAUAAACACCCUAUAGCAC